CAUACCCUUCUUCACCAUUCCUGAAGCUAGACAACGCAAUCUCAUCUUCACAGUCUCUGCUUCUUCAUCAUCAUCACCAUCUACACAAACCAAAAAGGUAUGGAGAAAACAACCGGAGAAGAACACAACGUCGUCGUUUCAGGCGUUAAGGAAACAUCGGAGGUAUCAAAGAUCUGCUUUUCUCGAUCACAACGUCGACAUGGACGAGCUUUUAGCUUCAAUUCAUCAGACCCAGAACGAAAAAGAGCUUUUUUCUCUGCUUUCAACUUACAAAGACAGACAAUUGUCUAUACGGUUCAUGGUUUCUCUUCUUUCUCGAGAAAAUGAUUGGCAGAGAUCAUUAGCAUUGCUCGAUUGGGUUCAUGAAGAAGCUAAAUACACACCUUCUGUGUUCGCCUACAAUGUAGUUCUUCGAAAUGUCUUAAGAGCUAAGCAAUUUGAUAUUGCACACGGACUGUUCGACGAAAUGCGUCAGAGAGCUCUUGCACCUGAUAGGUAUACUUAUUCGACGCUAAUUACUUCGUUUGGGAAAGAGGGUAUGUUUGAUUCGGCUUUGUCUUGGCUUCAAAAGAUGGAACAAGACCGUGUUUCUGGUGACCUUGUUUUGUAUAGCAACCUCAUUGAGCUUUCUAGGAGGCUGUGUGAUUACUCAAAGGCUAUCUCGAUUUUCUCGAGGUUGAAGAGGUCUGGUAUUACGCCUGAUCUUGUUGCGUAUAAUUCGAUGAUUAAUGUUUAUGGAAAGGCCAAAUUGUUCAAAGAGGCGCGGUUGCUUAUAAAGGAGAUGAAUGAAGCUGGUGUCUUACCAAACACAGUUAGUUACUCCACUCUUUUGAGUGUUUAUGUAGAGAACCAGAAGUUUUUAGAAGCUUUAUCGGUUUUCGCAGAGAUGAAAGAGGUGAAUUGUCCGUUGGAUCUCACGACAUGUAAUAUAAUGAUUGAUGUUUAUGGUCAGCUUGACAUGGUUAAAGAAGCUGAUAGGUUGUUUUGGAGUUUGAGGAAAAUGGAUAUCGAACCAAAUGUUGUUAGCUACAAUACUAUCCUUCGUGUUUACGGCGAGGCUGAGCUUUUCGGUGAAGCAAUUCAUCUUUUCAGGUUGAUGCAGAGGAAAGACAUUGAACAGAACGUUGUUACGUACAACACGAUGAUUAAGAUCUAUGGGAAAACUAUGGAGCACGAAAAGGCCACGAAUCUUGUUCAAGAGAUGCAGAGCCGAGGAAUUGAACCUAAUGCCAUUACCUACUCAACUAUUAUAUCAAUAUGGGGAAAAGCUGGGAAAUUGGACCGAGCUGCGACACUGUUUCAGAAGCUGAGGAGCUCGGGUGUGGAAAUCGAUCAAGUUCUGUAUCAAACCAUGAUUGUGGCAUAUGAAAGAGUUGGUCUAAUGGGUCAUGCUAAACGUCUGCUUCACGAGUUAAAGCUCCCUGAUAAUAUUCCUCGGGAAACCGCUAUCACCAUUCUGGCUAAAGCCGGGAGAACGGAAGAGGCGACAUGGGUUUUUCGUCAAGCUUUUGAAUCCGGGGAGGUAAAAGACAUAUCAGUAUUUGGCUCUAUGAUCAAUCUUUACUCAAGAAACCAAAGGUACGUAAAUGUCAUCGAAGUGUUUGAGAAAAUGAGAACCGCUGGUUACUUUCCGGAUUCGAAUGCGAUAGCUAUGGUGUUGAACGCGUACGGGAAACAAAGAGAGUUUGAAAAAGCAGAUACGGUUUACAGAGAAAUGCAAGAGGAAGGCUGUGUUUUCCCUGAUGAAGUUCAUUUCCAAAUGCUGAGUUUAUACUCAUCGAAGAAAGAUUUUGAGAUGGUUGAAUCGUUGUUUGAGAGAUUGGAAUCUGAUCCUAAUGUCAAUAGCAAGGAGUUGCAUUUGGUUGUGGCGGCUUUGUAUGAGAGAGCAGAUAAACUGAACGAUGCUUCAAGAGUCAUGAAUCGAAUGAGAGAACGAGCUAUCUUAAAGCCGUUUUCUGGAUGAAUAAUGUCAUAAAAUUCUUCUUGUGCUUUCUCGAGUAAACAAUUUAUGUUCACACUGCUCUAUGCAACAAUCUAUUGCAACCCAAUAUCCAAAUUGUCUGAAAUGGACAACACUCUCUAAAUUAGUUAGACACUGGUUACUUUAUUUAUUUGUGUCUAACGAAUAAAGUCCUUCGUUGACU